AUGGUUUUCGGACAGAAGAGGUCGGACUCGAUCGAGCUAGAGUUGGACUCGAUCGAGCUGCCGAUCGAGCUUGUCGUGCGAGCUCAACUGGUGAAGUGUGAAUGGCCACAUUGUGGUUCUGCACUGGUGGUGGAACAAUUCCUUGUCUCUGUUGGUGGCGGUCUAGGAGAUGCUCCAAACCGCCACCAACAGAGACAAGGAAUUGUUCCACCACCAGUGCAGAACCACAACUUUGAGAUCAAGCUGGGAAUGAUCAACCUUGUCCAGAACAAGAUGUUCCAUGGAUUGCCAAGUGAAGACCCCAUUGACCACCUUGAUGAGUUUGAUAGGCUUUGUGAUUUGACAAAGAUCAAUGGUGUCUCUGAAGAUGCCAUCAAGCUGAGACUCUUUCCUAUGUCUCUAGCUGACAAAGCUCACCAAUGGGAGAAGAGCUUGCCCCAUGGCACAAUCACCACUUGGGAUGAAUGCAAGAAGGCCUUUCUUGCUAAAUUUUUCUCCACCGGUCGCACAGCCAAGCUUAGGAGCGAGAUAUCGAGCUUCAUCCAGCGAAACAAUGAGACAUUCGCUGAGGCUUGGGAGAGGUUCAAAAGCUACACAAGUCAGUGCCCACAGCAUGGAUUCAACAAUGAAUCACUAUCUCCACUCUUUAUAGAGGAUGCUUGCCUAGCUAACUCAAAUGGAAGUUAUGGAGAAGAGUAUGAUCGCACCAAUCGGAGCUCGACCCACCACUCGAUCGAGUCAGACAAAAAGUUGAGAAAAGAUGUUAAGGCAUUGAAUGAGAAGUUGGAUAAGCUGAUCAACCCACCAACCGCCCCAGCCUGCACCUUCACAAGAGAAUGA